AUGAGAUUAAUAACUUUCCCAGGCCAAGGAACAUCCAUAUCAAUUCCAAUAUUAAAGGCUUUAAUAAGGAAUAAAUCAAAACAAUUUCAAACAAUCUUAAACCAAAAUGGUAGCAAUUCAAAUGACUUAUUGAAAUAUAUUUUCCAAAAUCCAUCAAGUCCAGGUAGUAUUGCCGUUUGCGCAAACCUUUACUAUCAAUUAUAUAAAAUAUUAUCUCACGAAUCAUCAAUACAAAAUGAUAUGAAUAAAGAAACAAAAGUACCGCCACCGCAGCAAAAUAUAGCUGACCAAGAUUCUUUAUUAUUGGGACAUUCAUUAGGUGAAUUAACAUGUCUAAGUAUCAAUAAUCUUUUCAAACUUAAUGAUCUCUUCAAAAUUGCCAAUUAUAGAAACGACUUAAUGAUAAAGUACACAGAAAAAUAUUUAGUCGCUCACAAGAUAAAUCAUUCAAGUAAAUUUGAAAUGUGGGCCUUAUCAUCACCAAAUGCAAUCCAUUUACCAAACCAAGUAAAUGACCUAAUAACAUCCUUACGUAUAAACAAAAAUGCACAAACCAUUCAAGUAGCAAAUGCCAACUCAAUAAAACAAUGUGUAGUAACAGGUCUCGUCGAAGACUUGGAAUCCCUUCGAAUAGAAUUACAUCUAGAUUUCCCACGUUUACGAAUUACAGAAUUAACAAACCCAAAUAAUAUCCCUUUCCAUAACGACACAAUACUUAGACCAAUCCAAGAACCAUUAUAUGAUUUCAUAUGGAAUAUCUUAAAGGAAAAUGGCACCACAAUAGUCACAGAAUUACAACAUGGUAUAAUAACAAACUUAGACGGUAGCGUAUCAAGAUUCUUACAUCAUGCGUUGGAAAAAUUCGUGAAAUCAAGUUCAAAUACUGUACAAUUUACAAAAUGUUAUGAAACUAUUAAUAAUAAAGCUUUCCAAAUUAAUGAUGCAGUGUGUUUCGGACCGGGGAAUGUCAUUUUCAAUUUGAUCAAGAGGAAUUGUCAAAAUGUUACACCGUUUGAAUAUUCUUCUUUGACUACGGUUAAUGCGUUCCAUGAUUAUCAUAAUGCAAAGCAACAACAAUCACAACAAUCACAAGAAGCAAAAGGUGAUGAUAGUGGGAGGAAGCAAAAUGACCAUGACCACGACCACGACCACGACCACGACCACGACGACGGUAUCGUACCUGAAGAAGAGGUUCAUUUGGAAUAA